CAAAAAGAAGGGCCCGGAAAUGCCGAAAAAUUUGAGACCACCUACGUCAACCAGUGCUUACGGGCGCAUUGGGCUGGUGCCGGAAUCGGACGAUUCGCUCCACAGCCAGGAAGUGGAACCCCAGGUGACGGAGGCAUCGCUGGAGAUAUGGCGUACGCUUCCGGCUGCCAUCCGCCAGGACCCGAGCCUGGCAUCUUUUCGGCAGGAGCACGAGCGAUUACACGGUACCGAAGAUGAUCCACUCCCGAACGAAGACGUCUCAGCGGACGAUGGUGAAGAUAACAACAGCAAAGAGUUCAUCACAAUCAAGGUCACCAAUCCGGACACAUCGGUCGAGGAUGGCAAAACAACCGCCGCCGUGGAGCAGUGUGAAAAGAAUGGCCAAAACGUGACGACCGAUGGUGAAGGUGACGACGGUCACGAGACGACGAUGGGUGGCCACCAUGAGCAUGGUAAGCUGUUCAGUUAUGUGAAGGUUGGCACACUGCUAGUCGUAUGGCUGGUCUUCACUGGCUUCCUGAUGUCGAAGCACGAGAAAGAACUCACCCCACGGCAACUGUCCGUGCCGGAAGGAUCCUAUCGGACAUACAUUUUGCCCGAACCAUCUCCGGGGUCUCGGAUUGGAAUUAAUCUAAAAGGUGCCUUUCUUAGUGACCAACAACACAACAACACGAGCACAUACGUGUCAGUAAACCUGCAGCUGCUCUACCUACCUAGCAAUAACUCCAAUAUGAGCUUCUUCCCGGAACACGACGUAAAGUACACGGAGAACAUCACGAAUGUCUGGCUGGUACCUAUACCGAGCUCGCUCGAUGCAAUCGAUCAGAUGGAUGAGAUGACGCGCAAGCACGUGUUCGACAUUGGUCCCGUGAACCAUCAGAAGGUGACGAGCGGGAAAGCGGUCGUGCGGGUACGGAUGUCCUCCAAUCUAGACGGUGACUUCCCGACCAAGUUCACCUACGAUCCAACGCCGAUGGACACCGAGACGGGCGUUAUCUAUGCCGCGAUCGUACUGCUCGGUCUGUACGUGUUAAUCAUAUGGGAGAUAGUGCACCGCACGUUUGCGGCCAUCAUCGCUUCAACGCUUGCCAUCGGUGUACUGGCAGCCAUGAACGAGCGUCCCAGCAUGCCGAAGUUGAUCUCCUGGAUCGAUGUCGAAACGCUGCUGCUCUUGUUCGGCAUGAUGAUCUUGGUGGCUAUCCUGUCCGAGACGGGUAUCUUCGAUUACUUGGCCGUGUAUGCGUACCAGGUGACGAACGGUAAGGUGUGGCCACUGAUCAACUGCCUGUGCAUCUUUACCGCGAUACUGUCCUCGUUCCUGGACAACGUAACGACCGUGUUGCUUAUGACUCCGGUAACGAUACGAUUGUGUGAGGUGAUGGAAUUAAAUCCGGUGCCGGUGUUGAUGUCGAUGGUGAUCUACUCGAACGUCGGCGGUACACUAACACCCGUUGGUGAUCCACCAAACGUCAUCAUCGCGUCCAAUAGUCAUAUUGCAAAAAAUGGAGUCAAUUUCGCCACCUUUACGCUGCACAUGGCCAUACCGAUCUUCUUCGUCAUGAUCACGACCUACUUCCAGCUGCGCAUGAAGUUCAAAAACAUCAACGAUCUGCGCUUCAGCGAACCGCAGGAUGUGCAGGAAAUCCGCCACGAGAUUGCCGUGUGGCAGCGUGCAGCCGCUUCUCUAUCGUCCUACUCCAAGGAUGAAGAUUUGGUGCGCGAAACGCUCCUCAAGAAGGUUAAUCGGUUGUCACGUUCGCUCAAGAAGAAGCUCGUCACCGGUUCGGUACCCGUGGAGAGCUACAAGGCAACGCUGGAAGAGAUGAAACGAAAGUACCCUAUUCGAAGCAAGACACUGCUGGUAAAGUCUGCCAUUACUCUCGCGUUCGUGAUCACGUUCUUCUUCCUGCAUUCGGCACCGGAUAUACAGAAGCUAUCGCUCGGCUGGACUGCCCUGCUCGGUGCGCUGCUACUUCUGAUUCUGGCUGAUCGGGAGGACAUUGAAUCGGUGAUUGCGCGUGUUGAAUGGUCCACACUGCUGUUCUUUGCCGCGCUGUUCAUCCUGAUGGAAGCGUUAGCCGAGCUGGGACUGAUCGAUUGGAUCGGUAAACAGACGGAAAACGUGAUCUUGUCCGUGUCCGAAGAAUCUCGACUGGCUGUAGCCAUCCUUAUCAUCUUAUGGGUAUCUGCAUUCGCAUCCGCUUUCGUUGACAAUAUUCCUCUUACCACGAUGAUGGUAAAGAUUGCCAUCGGUCUUGCUGAAAAUGAAGCGCUAGAUCUGCCCCUACAACCACUCGUAUGGGCACUGGCGUUAGGAGCUUGCUUAGGAGGUAAUGGAACUCUUAUUGGAGCCUCCGCCAACGUUGUAUGUGCCGGUGUUGCUGAGCAGCACGGAUAUAGGUUUACCUUUAUAGAAUAUUUCAAGGUCGGUUUCCCAGUGAUGGUCGGUAGCGUGAUCGUCUCUACAAUCUACCUAAUGUUUGCACACGUCGUCUUCACCUGGCACUAG